AAUGAAACACGAAGAAUUAUUUAUUGUUGAAGGAGGUGGUACAUAUAGUUACCACUGUGCUUUUAGAACGUUAAAUAUAAUUUUAGUUUUGCAGUCGGUUGAACGGUGUGUGGACUUGUACUGAAAAUACCAACGUUUCGGAGCGACACACACCCUACUUCGUCAGGGCUGAAAGUGAUCGUCCGAAACUUUACAAGUCCGAAUGGCAUUACAACCCAGAAGAUCAACACGGACAUCUUCACCGCUGCUAACAAAAAUGUCUCUUGCUUUGCGGAAGUUUGGCGUGCUUUAUUUGGCAACUAUUGUCACCAGGUCAGAAGUGGCACACCCACAGGAAGAUGAUAACGCCGACUUUCCACUUCAAGAUCUUGGACAACUUCGUGGAAGUGUUCUCGGAGAAGAGCGAGAUUUUGGUCAGAAAGCUGCAGAAGGAAGUCGGAUCUCAGGGCUUCGACGUGUAUCCCUACAUCACCAAGUGCGCAUUGGACAUUAUCUGCGAGACGGCCAUGGGGACUCCCAUCUACGCUCAGGACGACAGGGGAUCGGACUACGUCAAGGCUGUGUACGAGUAAGUACGUUUUCUGAAAACAUCGUUCCUUUUCUUGCUACGUCACUUUGCCAGGUUGUGAAACAAGGAACAUUUACAAUACUUUUAUUUUCCGUCGUUUACACAAGCUUAUUGUUAAAAUCAUAUAAAAUUUCACAUAAAAUUGUUACAUUUUAAAAUUGACGACAUGUUUCGAUAUACAAUCUUA